GUGCCCGGUUGCUAAGGAGACGGUUGUAACACGGCGAGUUUUUAACUGUUGUCACCUUAGCUAAGUUGGCUAACUAGCUAGCUAACUAAGCAUGUUUAGUUUUAUUUGCGCCUUACGAUGUAAACGUAAUGUAUGAUUUAAAUGUGUAUAUUAUGGGCAAACUGCAUGUGUAUGCACCGCCGAUGACUGUACUGAGGAAUGGAUGAUUACAAAAUAAUCAAGAAGAUUGGAGAAGGGACGUUUUCCGAGGUGGUGAAAACUCAAAGCCUGAAAGAUGGGAAAUACUAUGCAUGUAAAACGAUGAAGCAGCACGUAGACAGCUUGGAGCAGGCGAACAGCAUGCGGGAGGUGCAGGCUAUGAAGAGACUCAGCCCCCAUCCCAAUAUCAUUCAGUUGCACGAAAUUGUUUUCGAUGAAGAGACUGGAUCUCUGUCCUUGAUUUGUGAACUGAUGGAAAUGAACAUCUAUGAGUUAAUACGAGGGCGACAGUAUCCUCUACCAGAGAGUAGAGUCAAACACUACAUGUACCAGCUGUGCAAGUCACUGGAUCACAUGCAUAGCAAUGGGAUCUUCCAUCGAGAUGUCAAGCCGGAGAACAUUCUGAUUAGGCAGGACGUCCUGAAGCUGGCAGACUUCGGCUCCUGCAGGAGCAUGUACUCCAAGCCCCCGCACACAGAGUACAUCUCCACCCGCUGGUACCGCGCCCCAGAGUGCCUGCUCACCGACGGCCACUAUUCACACAAGAUGGACAUGUGGAGCGCAGGAUGCGUCUUCUUCGAGAUCAUCAGCCUCAAUCCUCUGUUCCCAGGAUCGAACGAGCUGGAUCAGGUGUCCAAAAUCCACGAUGUACUGGGCACACCAAACCCCAGUCUCCUUCAGAAAUUUAAGCAGUCACAGGCGAUGCGUUUCGACUUCCCUCCCCGGAAGGGCUGCGGCAUCUCCCAGCUGGUCCCGCAGUGCUCAGCCCCCAUCCUGUCACUGCUGUACCAGAUGCUGGAGUACGACCCGGAGGAGCGCAUCGGAGCCAAGGCGGCCCUGCUGCACCCCUGCUUCAGAGAGCUGAGGUUGCUGGAGAAGAGAGCUUCAACUCUGCGGAGGAACAUUGGGACUGAGGGAUCACAGACAACAGGGACUCCCAACUCAGUGGAUCACCUGUGGCGCAUUGCAAGGCAGGGCCGAAGACAGCACCACGUUAAACAUGUCGCAGAACCCCUCAUCAGACGCAACCCUCCACAUUACCCAGGUGAAUUACCCAAGCUGAAUAUGGUGCUCCCUCCACCCAAAAUCUCCUACCCCAUCGCCUCCCUCCCAGCUCUCACCAUCACUCACCACGGAUCCCUCCCCACGAUCCCGCCAAAGAAAUGCCACUCGCAGCUGCCCAAGCCCAGAGAUGAGGCUCAUCGUCAGAGCUUCAAAAGCUACUACAUACCCCCUCUCCAUAGGAAGCGUGGUGGCUACUAAGCAACAGAGGAAGAGCUCCACCUCAUGUCUCAGGGGAAGUUACUCCAUGGUCCCCUUACAAUCAUUGUCCCUGGUUGUGGAUUUUGCC